AUGGAGCUCUCGGCGUUUGAGCUCAGCACCUUUCGGCGCUUUAUCCGCAACCUGCGCGACCUGCCGCCGAUCCACGUUGGACGCGACUACAUUGGCCGCAACGCGUACGCUAUCGUGAGCAAGGGCGAGCUGCGCGACAAUCCGGUCGCGCUUAAGCGCAGCUUCACCAACGUCACGAGCCGCGAGCACUUGGUGCGCGAGACGCACCUUCUGUCGGGGCUUGCGCACCCGAGCAUUGUAACGUGUCAUGGUGCGACGUGGCGAGGCGAGGCCAUGGACGCUGCGCGCAACGACCUCUGCUGCGUGCUCGAGUUUAUGGAGGACGGCAACCUCGAGGACUACUUGGCGGCGCACCCGUCGCUGCCGUGGUUUCCCACCAAACUGCAAUGGCUCUACGACAUUGCGCUCGGGCUCGCGUAUCUGCAUCGCCUUGGGUUUGUCCACCACGACUUGGAUCCGUGCAACGUUCUUUUGCGGGCCGACCACGCCAAGCUCUGCCAGUUUGGCCAGUGCCUCCACGCCACGGAAGACGUCGACGAGGUCGCAACCAAUGCCACGUACGCUGCGCCUGAAAUCGCCCUCGAGAACUGCAACGUGCCCGAAAGCGAUGUCUGGUCGUUUGGUGCGCUGCUGGCAACCAUGGACCGGCACAUGGCGUCGUUACUCCGCAACUGCGGUGAUGAUGAUGAGGACGAGGAAGACGAGAAUGACGCGACGAUGUUGACGCUCAAGAUGGCGCACGCACUCGCGGAAGAGCACAUGACACCUGCUUUCUCCAACUUGUGCCCGCCCGAGAUUCUGUCCCUGGCGCGCGACUGCCUGCGCAUGGACCCUUCCUGUCGCCCGACCGCCGACGAGCUCGUCGCGCGCAUCGAGACGAUCGCAGAUGAGUACAAUAUGGUGUUAAAACCACUGCCCAUGUCGGCGGUCGCCGAGAAGCGCGAAGCCGAGCUUCUUCAAGUGCUGCCGCCGCGGCUACGACGCUACUGAAGCCCCGCUGGCUCUGGACUGUGUGCUUGCGUUCUGGUGGUAGUCUCGCCAAAAGCCUCUCUUCUUUUAUAGCUAAUAUUUCUCAAUGCCACUCGUGCCAUGGCGCACCAAGGCCACGAUCGCCAGCCUGGGCAUAUGCGGGGUUAGGUUUAAUCGGACAUUAAAGGUAUUAUUGACCAAC